AUGACUCUCCGUGAGCGGCAAAUUUCAACAGCCCUGUUUUGGUUCACCUCGUCCGUUCUUACGGCACUUGUUGGCACAAUCGUACUAGUUGCCUUCAUCAUUCCUGCGAGCCAGAAUGAACGGACCCUAAACUGCGAGACAUCGGAAUGCCUCGCCGCUUACAGGUACCUUCACGAGCAGCUGGACUCCAACGUCCACCCUUGCGAUGACUUCUACGGACACGUCUGCCACAAGUGGAGCAAAAUCCGCGAGGGUGUAGGUUUCCUCUCAGACUCACUCGAUCGCUUCUUAGUCAAGAUAAGUACCACCCUGCAGAACUCCAAGCCGCUGGAAGCAACUUCUUUGCACAACAUUCUGCAAACGGGACGCCAGCUGCUGAACCAGUGCUUCGCAUUCAUGCAGAAAGGGGAGCAGAGUAUUGAGCAUGAUGUUCAGUCUGCCAUGGACCUGAUGGACAUAGCGGGAAUCUUGGCCAGCACGUCGCCGCUGGAAGCGCUUAGGCGAGUGAUGCGGAUGUCUUUCGACUACAACAUCAAAACGAUCGUGGGACUUCGUCCACUUAAGCUGAGGGGUACCGUUUACCUCCAGCUGCUCAGCGGCGCACCCAUUCGGAACGAACUCUGGCUGGAGGUGACGGAUCGCGAGCUUGAGUCCUACUUCGCAAACGUGACCAACCUCUUGUGGCGAAAGAUGGGCGACUCGUCGCUCGCCGCUACUCUGGUUCGCAUGGACAGGGAGGUGUCCCUGCUUCUGGAAGGACCAUCGCAAGACGUGUGGUUUGAUGCUGAAGCUUUCGACGCGGAACCCGAUUUUCCGCGCGAGCUUUGGAAGGAUCCCUUGAAAGAACUUAUUUCGAACCAGCGUGAUGACGCGAUAACAGGUGUAAUUUUAGUCACUGAUUACAACCAGACUAGAAGCCUGCUGACUUUUAUUCAGACCUGCCCCACGAGAUUCGCGUCUUCUUAUCUGGUCAUUCACGCCUUGGUCGAGGUGUUGAGGUUCGACUUUGCGAAGCGUUUUGAAGACACAUCCCAGUCCAGAUUGCGGCACAUCUGUUUCGAAGCGGUCAAUCGGGCACUCGCACCUGAUUGGUUGGGAGUGGUCCGUACCCUCCUUUUCACCGACGCACACCUCGCCAAAGUCGCGGCAAUGUUUGACGAUAUAAAGCGUACCUCCACUUCCAAAAUCUGGAACGGCUGGAUAAAUAAAUCGAUGGGCGACAUGGCCCGCACAAAACUUGACAGCGCCACCCUAACAUCGCACGGAACGCUAUUUAAGAAUUCCACUCGCGUCAUGUUUCGUCCAACAUUCGAAGGGUCCCUAAACGGCACGUUCAUCUUCAACUACAUAUCGCUUCUGAAAUCUUCACGCCCUCAACGUCUGCAACACCCACUGGACACGUUGCAAGCAGGGCUCGCAUCCCUUGAGGUACGAGGGCAAGCCCGGUACUCGAACAGGCACAGAACACUCUUUCUACCCUUGAUGUUCCAUUACGACCCCGUCUUCUAUGGCGCCAACGUCGCUCCCUACUACAACUACGGAACUCUGGGCGCCAUCUUCGCGAGGGGUCUGGCCGAGGUCAUAGACCCUUUCUCUUCCUGGAACUAUUCGACACCGAACUGGUGGACGGAAGAGGCGCUGCGUGAGUUCUCGUACCGGGUCUCGUGCUACCGGAACCUCCACGACAGCGCUCGGCCCCAGAAGCCCCAUGACGUGGACAAGCUGACACCAGAGGUCCAGAGCAGUCUGUUCGCCUGGCUUCAUGGUUCUCGGGUCGCCUACGCGAGCAUGGAGCGUAACUUCAGCAGCUCGCCGACGCGGUUUGCCAAGAAGAGGCAGUGGAAAAAAGCGCAAAGAGUGUUCUUUCUCAGGUUCUGUCUCGCGUCCUGCGGACUGGAGCACAGCGAACCACUCGGUCCGAGGGAGAUGUGCGUUUGGCCGCUCCUGAACAUGCCCGAAUUUGUGGAGGCUUUUGACUGUCCCGCAAAUUCGUUCAUGAAGGUGCGUCAAAAGUGCCACCUCUUAUGA